GCAGAGGUCGAGGAUGUACGCUCCUAACAGAUUAUAUAACUUAAAUCCUGUCGAGCGUGUCAAAGUAACUAGAAACAACCAUGGUCAGCCUGUUGGACAAGAAGCUCGACUUUUAGCAGGCUAUUUGGGCAUUAUAGCACGAAAUGCCAAUAUGUUGCCCAUCAACUACGAAUCAUGGCAUAACAUGCCUGAUAGCAAUAAAAAUCAAGCUCUCUAAUAUUAAGGAGAGGUUUGCUUUAGAGGUCUCUGAUGCUUAUAUCAAGAAGGCAUUGGGUAAAAAAAGGAGAGACCAUAACAGCAUUUUGAAAAAAGAAUAUUUUAAAAAACCCAUAAGCCUCGAAGAAAAAUUGCAAAAUGUCCCACCGGGAAUGCUGAUGUACCAAUGGGAAGAUGCGUUCGAUUUUGGAAUUCGAAGAAAGGAGAGGACCGUGAGCGAGUUGGAACAAGGAGCAGGCAAAAACAAAAAUUUACGCACAUAGCAGGAUC